AGCGCGGUAGAGGCGACGCGCGCCACACCACUGCCGCCCGCCCUACUCACGAAUACUCGCCGUAAACAAAUCAGUACGCGAUCGGCGCGGAAGAAAAGCAUACGGUCUCUUGUGAACGCAUUGUGAAUUGUUUUUAGUGACACUGAUAACAAUACAGUACGCCGGCUGAGGUAAAUGGCCUACGCCCACGGAUCGUAGUACUCUCGUAGCACCGUAGACAAACUUACCCGCUGAGCAAUGCAUCCAGACACCGCAUAACUUAGAUUGUAACGUAAGCAAUAAAUAAGGUAGAGAUGGCAGAACGAGCCGUAAACUACUUCUUCCGAAAAUACAACACCAACAUAGUUGGCGUAGAGUCACGGUGAGGGGGCAUGGAGGGCGCGGACGAUCGUGAUGAGUUGCUGGAGUGGGAGGCGCUGUACAUGCGCCUGCCGGUGCAGAACUUCACCGGGAACGCGACGGAAUGGAAUCCCAGCGUCUGGAACUCCACCGUGGUACCGAAUUCCACUUGGGUGGGAGCGUCCGCGCCCUUCGACUCGCCCGCCGCGCUGGUGCGCGCUGCUGCCAAGGCCGUCGUCCUCGGCCUGCUUAUUCUCGCUACUGUAGUCGGUAAUGUAUUCGUAAUAGCAGCAAUAUUGCUGGAGAGACAUUUGCGAAGUGCAGCAAAUCAGCUGAUCUUGUCGCUGGCGGUGGCAGACCUGCUGGUGGCAUGCUUGGUGAUGCCGCUGGGAGCCGUAUACGAGGUCGCCCAGCGCUGGACGCUGGGCCCUGAACUCUGUGACAUGUGGACCUCGGGGGACGUGUUGUGCUGUACUGCCUCCAUUCUUCAUCUCGUUGCUAUUGCACUUGAUAGGUAUCGGGCUGUGACUAAUAUUGACUAUAUACAUGCACGUACAGCGCGACGAGUAGGCUACAUGAUUGCCUGUGUAUGGAUCGUUAGUUUCUUAGUGUGUAUCGCCCCAUUAUUGGGAUGGAAAGACCCCGACUGGAAUCGUCGUGUCUCCGAAGAUUUACGCUGUGUCGUAAGUCAGGACGUCGGCUAUCAGAUAUUUGCAACAGCCUCAUCGUUCUAUGUACCAGUAUUAGUAAUUUUAAUACUUUACUGGCGGAUAUAUCAAACUGCCAGAAAAAGAAUACGUCGCCGUCGGGGAGCGACAGCUCGCGGCGGAGUGGGCCCACCGCCCGUGCCCUCUGGUGGAGCGCUGGUCGCAGCCGGAGGCAGCGGCGGGAUCGCGGCGGCUGUCGUCGCCGUUAUUGGACGACCUCUUCCAACAAUAUCUGAAACGACGACAACUGGUUUCACCAACGUGUCAUCCAACAACACGAGCCCCGAAAAGCAAUCUUGCGCUAACGGUCUAGAGGCCGACCCUCCAACCACAGGGUAUGGAGCAGUGGCAGCCGCAUACUAUCCCACUUUGGUACGGCGCAAGCCCAAAGAGGCUGCUGAUUCAAAAAGAGAAAGAAAAGCGGCGAAAACAUUGGCAAUAAUUACAGGUGCGUUUGUAGCAUGCUGGCUUCCGUUCUUCGUAUUGGCUAUUCUCCUGCCGACAUGCGACUGCGAGGUGAGUCCAGUGCUGACAUCGCUGUCGUUGUGGCUGGGCUACUUUAACUCUGCACUGAACCCCGUCAUCUACACGGUGUUCAGUCCGGAGUUCCGGCACGCAUUCCAGCGACUGCUGUGUGGCCGUCGCACGCGCCGUCGCCGCGCGCCCCCGUAGCCACCCCUUCCCCAAUCCUAAUCCUUACAUGACUGACCUCGUUUAGCUCGAUACGUUAUGUUACCUUGUUACAAUUUUCAGAGAUAUAUUUACACCCCUUUAUUUUUUGUACGUGAUGAAUGUGAAUACGAAUAACU